AUGACAGAUUGCCUCCAAAAGCUGGCCUCAGUCUCCCUUAUCUCCCCACUACUUGUAGUCAGCACGAAGAGGUUCUUCUUUGAGGAUUUGAAGCGCAAGUUCGUGACGGAACUCAUUCAUCCUGCAGUACAGGCAAACUGCAUUUAUGAGAACGUCUACCUCCCCAGAACGUCUCUCGAUCACCAAGUGAUCGCUUGCAAAAUGAUGGUCAUUGCUGACAGAGGGGAUUGCGGGAAAGUCCUCAUCCGUUUCGGAUUUGCCUUCUACGGCUUGAAGCCCGACAUCAAGGUGAUCGCACCUUGCUGCCAGGCACUUCUCACCUAUGCAGCAGAGAAGAAGAUACCCGUCCAGCAGACCACCCUCAUCACCACACCCGAGAAUGCUCCUGACAUGCCCGAGCGCAUCUCGAUCCACUUUGAGCAUGGCCUCCCCAUCAAGUACACUGAUGCAGUUGAGAUCUUCAUCACGCUGAAUGCGCUCAUGCGCAGGCAUGGCAUUGGGUGCAUCAACAUCGUCGAGAACCGCUUCAUCGGCAUCAAAUUGCGUGGGUGCUACAAGUCACCUGCGGCGACGAUCCUCCGUGUCGCACACAAAGACAUCGAGGGCCUCGCACUCGACCGCAACAUCCAUGCACUUCGUGAUCAGUUCAUGACCGUUGAGCUUAACUCCAAGAGCGAGUUCAUGGUGAGCUCGAUCCUGAGCAGUCAGCAAACCGUGAACGGCGUCAUCUGCCUCAAGCUGUACAAGGGUCCAUUUGUCAUGGAGGGCCAGUUGUCAGAGGAGGUUCUUUAUAAUGAGAAGCAGUCCUCGAUGGAUGAGCUCGGCAGCUUCGAGCCGACCGGUGCGACGGGCUUCAUCCAGAUUGAGUCCAUUUGCAUCAAAAAGCGCAAUUUGCUUUCAGAUUUGCCAACAUCUGCAAGGGUCAAGCUCGCAUUGAGCCUAAGGGCACCUCGUGUCUAA